GCGCCCUAUUUUCCCGUAGCAUCGCUCCGUUCUCGUCGGGUCCGCCCCUAAGGGCUGGAGAGGGCGGUGCUGCCCUUCGGACCUCGAGGUUCCCGGGGGCGGAGUGCCCCGCGGUCCUCCGUGCCAAGCGGUCCGGGCGGGCGAUGGCCGCCACGCGCGGAAGACCCCGCGCCUGCGACAUCUUCACCACCAUGGAGUACGGCCCUGCGCCGGAGAGCCACGCAUGCGCACUGGCCUGGCUGGACACGCAGGACCGGCACUUGGGCCACUAUGUAGAUGGGAAGUGGUUAAAGCCAGAACACAGGAGUUCCGUGCCCUGCCAGGAUCCAGUGACAGGAGAGAACCUGGCCACUUGCCUGCUGGCACAGGCUGAGGAUGUGUGUGUGGCCGCGGAGGCCGCCAGGACCUCCCUGGAGAGCUGGAGCAAACUUCCUGGAGCCGCCCGGGCCCAGCACCUGAGCAGGCUGGCCAAGAUGCUCCAGAAGCACCAGCGGCUGCUGUGGACCCUGGAAUCCCUGGUGACCGGGAGGGCGGUGCGAGAGGUUCGGGACGGGGAUGUGUCGCUGGCCCAGCAGCUGCUGCAGUACCACGCGGUCCAGGCACACACCCAGGAGGAGGCACUGGCAGGCUGGGAGCCCAUGGGAGUGAUCGGCCUCAUCCUGCCGCCCACCUUCUCCUUCCUCGAGUUGAUGUGGAGGGUUUGCCCUGCCCUGGCUGUGGGCUGCACCGUGGUGGCCCUCGUGCCCCCAGCCUGCCCCACGCCCCUCCUCCUGGCCCAGCUGGCGGGGGAGCUGGGCUCCUUCCCGGGCAUCCUCCACGUGCUCAGCGGCCCCGCCUCCCUGGGGCCCGUGCUGGCCGCGCAGCCUGCAGUCCAGAAGGUGGCCUUCUGCGGAGCUGUCGAGGAAGGACGUGCCCUUCGCCGGACGCUGGCGGGCGAGGGGGUCGCGCUGGGGCUGGCGCUGGGCGUGGAGUCGCUGCUGCUGGUGACGGACGCGGCCGACGUGGACGCGGCCGUGGAGGGCGUCGUGGACGCGGCCUGGUCCGACCGCAGCCCGGGCGGCCUCCGGCUGCUCAUCCAGGAGUCGGUGUGGGCUGAAGCCCUGAGGCGGCUGCAGGCACGCAUGGGGCGGCUGAGGAGCGGCCGAGGGCUGGACGGGGCCGUGGACAUGGGGGCCCGAGGGGCUGCCGCACGCGACCUAGCCCAGCGCUACGUGCGCGAGGCCGAGAGCCUGGGUGCACAGGUGUUCCAGGCCGGCGAUGUGCCGUCGGACGGCCCGUUCUACCCCCCAACCUUGGUUUCUGGCCUACCCCCUGCUGCCCCAUGUGCCCAGGCCGAGGUCCCAUGGCCGCUGGUCGUGGCCUCCCCUUUCCGCACAGCCAAGGAGGCCCUGGCCAUGGCCAACGCGACCCCCCGAGGAGGUAGCGGCAGCGUGUGGAGCGAGAGGCUGGGGCAGGCGCUGGACCUGGGCCACGGGCUCCAGGUGGGCACCGUCUGGAUCAACAGCCAUGGCCUCAGAGACCCUGGCGUGCCCGCGGGCGGCUGCAAGGCGAGCGGGUCUUCCUGGCAUGGCGGCCCGGAUGGCCUGUAUGAGUACCUGCGGCCCCCGGGGACCCCCGCCCGGCUGCCCACCCCCUCUGAGAACCUGAACUAUGACACCUUCGGCCUCACCGUGCCCUCAACCCUGCCAGCGGGGCCAGAAACGGGGCCCAGCCCAGCACCCCCCUAUGGGCUCUUCGUGGGGGGCCGUUUCCAGGCUCCUGGGGCCCGGAGCUCUAGGCCCAUCCAGGGCGCAGACGGCAGCCUCCAGGGCUACGUGGCUGAGGGCGGGGCCAAGGACAUCCGCGGUGCCGUGGAGGCCGCUCACCAGGCUGCCCCCGGCUGGGUGGGCCGGUCGCCAGGGGCGCGGGCAGCCAUGCUGUGGGCCCUGGCGGCUGCGCUGGAGCGCCGGGCGCCCACCCUGACGUCCAGGCUGGAAAGGCACGGAGUGGGGCUGAAGGCGGCUAAAGCAGAGGUGGAGCUGAGCGCGCGGCGACUCCGGACCUGGGGGGCCCGGGCCCAGGCCCAGGGUCACAGCUUGCAGGUGGCCGGGCUGAGAGGCCCAGUGCUCCGGCUGCGGGAGCCCCUGGGCGUGCUGGCCAUCGUGUGCCCGGAAGAGUGGCCCCUGCUUGCCUUCGUGUCCCUGCUGGCCCCCGCCCUGGCCCAUGGCAACGCCGUGGUCGUGGUGCCCAGCGGGGCCUGUCCCCUGUUGGCCCUGGAGCUCUGUCAGGAUAUGGCCACCCUGCUGCCCGCGGGCCUUGUGAACGUGGUGAUGGGGGACCGGGACCACCUGACGCGCUGCCUGGCCCUGCACCAAGACAUCCAGGCCCUGUGGUAUUUCGGAUCUGCCCAGGGCUCCCGCUUCGUCGAGUGGGCCUCCGCAGAAAACCUCAAGGCCGUGUGGGCAAACGCGGGCCACCCACGGGCCUGGGACCAGGAGGCCGAGGGCGCGGGCCCGGAGCUGGGGCUGCGGGCCGCGCGGACCAAGGCCCUGUGGCUGCCCGCGGGGGACUGACGCCUGCGACCGAGCGGCUGGACGCCUGGGACUGCUGUGACCCCCGAGGCCACGAAUAAAUGUCUGCCCG